ACCUGCACUAUUUAGGCCAGUUUCACGGUGCUACAGCAGCGCCCUGGUAGCGCCUAUGUAAUAUAUCUGGUAGCAGUAGCUAACGGUCCGAUACAGGUCCGAACAGCAAAGGCUGCCACAGUGUGCCAAUACGUUAGUUCACACAGCGAUGACAACGACUUAAUAGUUAAUUGAUAUCGCGGAGAUCGUACGUGAAAUUGCUGCAUUAUGGGGUCUGAAACCAGAAGUUACAUUUCUUUGGAAAAAAAUGAUUUUGUCGUUUUGUUUUGCAUGAUGACAUGUCUGUUUCAUUAUGUAAGUUGUCAAACCGAGAACACCGGUAUGGCCAAUGUAAUAUCAGAAAGAAAGGCAGAAGAAGACCACAGGCAGGACAGUGCCGAUCUUCUCAUUUUUAUUAUGCUUCUAACGCUAACAAUUUUAACAAUAUGGCUCUUCAAGCAUCGACGUUUCAGGUUUUUACAUGAAACAGGACUGGCAAUGAUUUAUGGCCUGUUGGUUGGUGUGAUACUACGUUUUGGGAUCCAUGGGCAACAGGAUCUUAACAAUGUCACUUUGAGCUGUGCCAUGAAUGCCAGUCCAGCCACCUUACUGGUCAAUGUCAGUGGUCACUUUUACGAGUACACACUGAAGGGUGAAGUAAGAGAAACUGAUGGUCAGGACAUCCCAGAUGCUGAAAUGCUGAAGAAGGUCACCUUUGACCCAGAGAUUUUCUUCAAUAUCCUGCUGCCCCCUAUAAUCUUUCAUGCAGGCUACAGCCUCAAAAGGAGGCAUUUCUUUAGAAACCUGGGCUCCAUUCUCACCUAUGCUUUUAUGGGCACAGCCAUCUCAUGCCUUGUUAUUGGGUCGUUACUGUAUGGCUUUGUUGCUUUUAUGAAAGCUGUAGGUCAAAUUCAUGGGGACUUUUUCUUCACUGAUUGCCUUUUCUUUGGUGCCAUAAUCUCUGCCACAGACCCAGUGACAGUUCUUGCCAUAUUUAAUGAGCUGAAGGUGGACGUGGACCUUUAUGCACUGCUGUUCGGGGAGAGUGUUCUCAAUGAUGCUGUGGCCAUCAUUCUGUCCUCAUCUAUUCUAGCUUACCAGCCGGCAGGAGAUAACCACCACACAUUCGAUGCUAGCGCCAUGUUGAAGUCUGUGGGUGUGUUCCUGGGUGUCUUCAGUGGGUCAUUCGCCCUUGGAGUGGUCACUGGCGUUAUGACCUCCCUCGUCACUAAAUUCACCAAGUUGCGUGAGUUCCCCCUGCUGGAGACAGCACUCUUCUUCCUCAUGUCCUGGAGCACCUUCCUGCUGGCCGAGGCCUGUGGAUUUACAGGUGUUGUGGCUGUGGUGUUCUGUGGAAUGACUCAGGCCCACUACACCUACAAUAACCUUUCAGAUGAGUCUAAGGACAGGACCAAACAGCUCUUUGAGUUGCUGAAUUUUCUGGCUGAAAAUUUCAUCUUCUCCUACAUGGGGUUGACCUUAUUCUCCUUCCAGUACCACGUAUUCAACCCCCUGUUCAUACUGGGAGCAUUCAUUGCUGUGUUUCUUGGCCGGGCAGCAAAUAUCUACCCCCUCUCCUUCCUGCUCAACCUGGGCCGCAAAAACAAGAUCAGUUCCAAUUUCCAGCAUGUCAUGAUGUUUUCGGGUCUGCGUGGGGCUAUGGCGUUCGCCCUCGCCAUCCGGGACACGUCAACGUAUGCCCGGCGGAUGACGUUCUCCAGCACCCUCCUCAUUGUCUUCUUCACAGUGUGGGUGUGUGGGGGUGGCACCACACCGAUGCUGUCCUUCAUGAACAUCCGUGUUGGAGUGGAUUCAGACCAAGAUAAUCCUCUGACAGCUGGUGUGGACGGGACAGAAAGUAGGGGUGUCAGACACGAAGGAGCUUGGCCCUUUAGAAUGUGGCACUCCUUUGACCACAAAUACCUGAAGCCAUUCCUGACUCACAGUGGACCCCCACUCACCACUUCUCUGCCAGCAUGCUGUGGGUCUCUGGCACGCUGCCUCACCACCACACAGGCCUACCAGAGUGAAGGUGACCCGCAUGAUGAGGACUCAGAGCUGAUUAGGAAUGAGGGCAUGGGCAGCCCCAUGUACACCGAUAUAUCCAUCAGCACGGUUACAAGAAGCAGCUCCUCCAGCCACUUAUAUGGACCCACAGUACCCUCUGGUUAAGCAAGUGACAGGUUCCUAUUAUGAUUUACGUUGUACAAUCUGUUACAAUCUACUGACAAAUAUGUACUCCUUCCCAGACCUUUUAAAACCCUUGCUCCCACAGAUUUGUAGACCUCUCCAUAUAGGUGUGUAGAGUAAGCAGUAAGGAGUCCUAAGUGCGUGAUACUUCUGUUACUUCAGAUUUUUGUGUUAUUGUUUUCUGAGCUUGUUUUUAAUCUAAACUUAAAACACAACACUGAGUCUUUAUGGUAAGAAAUAUUGAAAGUGUGUAAUCUGUCUAUCCUGUUCAACUAAUAGACACUGACAUUUACUAGACCUCCUCUUCUUAAAAAGCACACUAAUUUAUAUGUUCUUUUUCCUAUUCUGAUUCAAGAUUUGUGUAUAUUUCUGCAUUUUUGUAUGUGUGCAAGUAAGUAUUUAUUUAGCUUAUUUAUUUGUCUCAUCCACUGGUUCAUUUGUAGGACUUUGUUAUAACCAUCCUGAAGAGUUGCUGUUUCUUUCCCUUUUUGGUAUUUCAUGUUUGAAAAGAUAAAGAGUGUUUCUGGUUCGUGUGCCAAGAGGCAACAGGGGUAGUGAGAUUAACCCUGUAUUAGAGCCAAGUAUUUGAUUUCUGUGUGGAACGAAGCCACUGUUGUUGGGUUGUCAAAGCCAAACUGUGUACCUACGCUAAGUGCCUAAUAAUGUAUUGUCCAACUCCAGAAGUAGUGCCAUUUCCAAAUGACUUAUACUGAGAUGACUUUGUACACUAAUGAGACUUGUCCUGAGAAGUCCCUGAUUAAAUAUUUUAUGCACUUUGUGUUGUGAUCCCUGAAGUACUUCUGCAUUAUAGACAAUAUGCCAUUACAUGUCAUUGUAAUGUAAAAGAUUAAACCUGUCAUUUUGUAUGAAGCAA